UCAAACGGCGCAAAUGGCGACAUCAUCUAAAAUGGAAGUCCUAAAUUCUUCCACUGUCAGGCCAUUUGAAAAUGAUGAUUACGAUUAUUUAAUUAACUGCACUGAUUUAAUUACUACAUGUCAGGAAGCACUUCAGGAGAACAACUUUGAGGCAGAUCAGUGCGAACAGAAUCAUUCGGUCAAAUCUGAAGAAAACAGUGCAAAGCUUUCUCCUCUGUGUCACAACUGCGAUGAGCACGUCUCACUUCGGUCGCCUUCGUCUGCCGCCUCCAGUGGUCUUGGACUGUCUCUUGAGGAGGAUUCAUCACUCAAAUACUGCCACUCGGAUGAGGAAUUUUCCUCGCUAAACUCUACGUCAGCUGAGAGCUUUUCUGCAAAAGCACUGGUGGCAGAAUUUAUCGAAUGGCUCGACUAUGCGGAGAACCAACUUGAUUCAGUCUGCUAUUGUGCCAAAAUUGCCUCCUCGACCAGUGGUGUCGCCGAGUCACAGAAGUUGCCCCAUACAGAAGCUCCGACAGCGGCAGACACAACCGGCGCAGCAGUGACAGUGUCCUCCUCCUCUUCUUUCCACCCUAGCGAUGAUUUAGCGGACUGUCGCUCUGCCAGCGAUCAUGGCGAUAAGUGUGCUGAUGUCAAUCGCUCAGCAGUGCUGCAGCAUUGUGCCAAGAAGAAGAAGAAGAGUGAUGCCGGUGUCAACGAACAGAAUGAAGGGAAGGCUGUAGGACAACAGUCUGUAGCAGUCAUUGAUCAUGAGGACAGUGAGCUUGAAGAUGAAAAGGUUGAGGGCGACGAAAAGGAAAUGAAGCAGGAGGAGGAGGAGGAGGUUGUGAUGGGGGAAGAAAGAAAAGAAGAAGGUGAAGAUGCUGUUGAUGUAGAGGAGGAGGAAGAAGAGGAUGAUGAGGAUGCCUUCUACGAAGACGAGGAAGCUGAAGAAUUGAUGAUGUCACUGCGACCGGAGAGGCAAUUUAGAGGAAGCAACUCGAGGAAGACGACGAGGCUCUGCCUCUCGGAAACAGUCGCCGAUUGGAGCGUCAUUUUGGCUCGAUUCAAA